AAUGAGUCCGUAGUAGUAGGAAACUAACGGUUUUAGAUGAGAAAAUAAAUAGUUCCAAGUGUGUAGUGUUUGUGUAGUAUUGUUUUGUAACCGUACACUAGGAUCUUGGAUGGUAAAAUGUGUGUCCUCCUCCAAAGUUGAGAUUCCAAUAUGAGUGAAGAUAUUAAAAAAUACAAAUCGAUGGAGAACGUAUUAAACAGCAUCAAUAAGAAAUGUAUUUCCUUAUCUGAUGACGACAGGAAGAGAAAUAAUAAGAUUUUGAAAGAGUUGCUCGAUCUGAUAAUACCAAAAAUGAAAGAGAAUGACAGUCUAUUUAAGGAAAUGUACAAACGUGUAUUUUAUGGAGGAAGCUAUUAUGAUGGUUUGAGGGUUGGCCAGCCCGAUGAAUUCGAUCUAGAUUUACUGAUGACUUUGCCAAAACUGGUCGAGCCGGUUCUGUCAAUAAGUAAUCUUCCUGGUUUCGUUCACUUGAAAUUUAACGAUUUCAUGACAUUCCACAAACAGACUGAUAUGGUUGUCCGUUACAA